AAAAUAAGCUAUUCCAUUGGGUAAAGUUGCAGUUAAAGUUGCAGAGUAAUGUGUAGGUCCUUAAAGUGAGCUUUUUCAUUGGACAAAAUUGAAUGUGAUGUCACAACGAGUAUUCGCCAAUCAGACAUAGAACGUUACAAAAUCUAAUUUGCAUAUUGCAUUAUAAAAUGGACGUACUGGGAGAUCCUUCUUUUUCCUGACAUCUUGUAAUUAUUGUCAGUCAUGCCUGAGCCAGCCAAGUCGGCUCCGGCCCCGAAGAAGGGCUCCAAGAAGGCGGUGACCAAGGCGCAGAAGAAGGACGGCAAGAAGCGCAAGCGCAGCCGCAAGGAGAGCUACUCCGUGUACGUGUACAAGGUGCUGAAGCAGGUCCACCCGGACACCGGUAUCUCGUCCAAGGCCAUGGGCAUCAUGAAUUCGUUCGUGAACGAUAUUUUCGAGCGCAUCGCGGGCGAGGCGUCGCGCCUGGCUCACUACAACAAGCGCUCGACCAUCACAUCCAGGGAGAUCCAGACGGCCGUGCGCCUGCUGCUGCCCGGAGAACUGGCCAAGCACGCCGUGUCUGAGGGCACCAAGGCCGUCACCAAGUAUACCAGCUCCAAGUGAGCCACUGGCUGCUUGAUCAGACUCCAGCACUUCCAAAGGCUCUUUUCAGAGCCAUCCACGGUUUCCAAAGAGAACUGGCACUUAGUUUAUGUAACUUUAGAAGUAGAUAAAAGCAGUAUUGGGCUUCCCCGGUG